UACAAAGACACUACCGGAUCGCUUUUGAAUAAGUCAUAGUCUAUUAGCUAAUGAAACUGAAGGAUUCCAAGUAAAAUGAAUGAUACAGAUUGUCAAUAUGGUUUUGAAGUGAUAGAAGGGAUUACCAAUGCUACAGAAGUUGACAAACAGACAUGGCCUUGCGAACUAAGAGUAUUCUGGGUGGAGAUAUAUCCUUUCGUGACCUUGGUUCGUGGUCUUCUGUCAUAUGGUACAGUUUUUAUAAUUGUACUCGGUUUAUUGUUCAACCUUACCUCUCUAUUGGUCUUGACCAGGAAGCACAUGCGAAAAUCAACAAUGAAUUUAUAUCUCUCCGCUCUUGCAAUAUAUGAUUGCCUUGCUUUGACUAUGAACUUUAUGAUUGGAGUACUACGAGGCCAGAACAAAAAUAUAAACAAAGAUUUCCAGGACCAUGAAGAUCUGUGUAAAUUCCAUGGCGUUAUAGUUGAGGUGUUUAAUCUACUAUCGAUAUGGAUUAUUGUAUCUUUUACAAUCGAAAGGUUUAUUAUGAUUAAAUUCCCACUCAAAGGAAAGCAACUGGUGACGCCAAGACGGGCAAUUUACGUGAUAAUUGGCGUAUCCCUAGGAGUUCUUGUCUUCUCAAUGCACAAAAUUGCAGUUUCUGGCUUUGAGGGGGAUUCUGUAUUUGGAUAUGCAGCCUGCAAAACGAGAAGAGCAAUAUUUGUAGAAAUAAUAUAUUUCUACGUAGCGUUCAACACAUGGUUUCCAACUCUUACUAUAGUAACACUCAAUACAUUAAUUCUUCUAGAAAUACGAAGGAACAAAAAGAAAAGGGCGCAAAUGACAACACAGUCAAUGUCAAAGUCUGACGAAAAAGCAACGAAACUUCUGUUACUUGUUUCAUCUGCAUAUGUUGUGCUAGUCCUACCUCUUGGAUUGAUUCAAUCCACAGAACUUAUAUGGAAUAAUACUCAGAAGGUUCUUCCAUCAGAUCCAGACUAUAUCUACUUCAUGUCGACGAAAAUAAGGUUAAAAUGGGCAAGAGCAUUUUUCUUCUUCUUUUACCAGUUGAAUUUUGCCGUCAACUUUUUCUUAUAUGUAUCUUCCUCUUCUGCAACAAGAUUUCGGGCAACUCUGAAGAUGCUAUUAGGUAUUAAGGUUGAUCAACAGGAAAUGACAUGGAACAACACAAUGAAAUCAAGAGCAACCAAAAAUAAUUCUGUAGCUCCAGCACCAUCUGACGACGGACCUUCGAACAGAGAUCUACAUCUCAAGAAAAAAGAAUUCCUUCCUGAAAGUGAAGCAUGAAACGAAUAAUAAUAAAUUAAAAGCAAAUGUGAUACUGACAAUCGCAUGUAUUAAGAAAUAGUAUUCCUAUUUAUAUGUUGUUUUUAUUUCAUUUAGUAUUAUGUAAAUAUUUCAUCAUAGAUAAUUGAUUAUAACAGAAGCUAUAAAAUGUAUAAAUAAUUAGUACUAUAAUUUUAAAAAAGCUUAAAAUAUACUUCUACAUUUUAAGAGAAGAUAGCUUUCAGCUAAAAGACUGUGCAAUUUAUAGUCUUGUUCCAUUUUUAAUUGCAGAGUAACUUGUCACUUCUGUACUGACACAAGAUUGAUAACAAUCUUAAUAUUUUUAUUUUUUGUUUUCAAAUAGUGUAAAGAAACUUAGGGUUUAACUUUUUCAUGAAAAGUUGAACUUUGAUGCAUAUGGCUAUUGUGUUUCAACUCAUUUUAGUCAUAUAGCUCUUCAACAGUGUCGCUUCUACUACAUCUUUGACUUUCAAAUAUUCUACUUUGAACGAUCUUGAUACAUGUAAUUUUAGGAUAGUGUUUCGAGCACGUGCCAUUUAUAACGUGUGAUUUUAUUGUUUAAGCACAAAUUACAUGAUGCAAUGUUCGUACCAUACAAAUUUGAAAAAAAUGAAGUCAAUAGACAAAUAUAAACGAUGUUUACACAGUACCAAUUGCUUUAAGGUGGUACCAAACGCUUUCACUAAAAUUAAUUUGGCUUGUUUAAUUUACCAAAAUUUUUUAACUUAGUAUUUACUUUAACAAAAAUAUAAACAUUUUGAAAAUUUUGAACCAACCGUUUUGUCAUUAGAAUUACACUGGUUAUAAAGCAGUUUGACAAACACCAAUUUUGAUCAUUGAAAAGCUUAAUAUUCCCUUUAAAACACAACGUUAUUGAAACGUUAAGCUGACUUAUGUCCCUGAAGUGUAAGGUACCACCUACAGCAUUUUUAUAAGAAUAGGUUAUAAGAAGAAACAACACUUAAUGAUUGUGUGUGUCCAAGGCGCUUAUAACACUUAACUAUUUGAAGGUAAUAGAUUUAUAAAUACAGUCAAAUCUCUUUUAAGCGACCCCCUAAGGGAGAGCAAUAAGGUGAUCUCUUAAGACACGUGGUCUUUUAAUACAGGUUCAAUUUAUCUGAAAUAUACUACAGGGUGAUCUAAAUCUGAUGGUCUUUUAACACAGGUAUUUGCUUAAUACAGGUUUGACUGUACAUAGAAAUAUUAUUACAAAAGGAACAAAUAAACAAUAAUUCUAUUCAUAUAAGGUCACUUUUAUCUAUUUUAACGGUCUUUGAUAAUGAUAGCUAAGAUAGCUUAAGGAUGUUUGCUACUCUGUUUAAAAAUAACUAGCUUUUUGUAAGACCGUCAUGAAUUGAAAGUAUAUAAAUAAAGAAACAAAAAAGCAGAAAAAAAUGGAGGGUCCGUGUGCUUGUUUUCGAGAUAUAAGCCGUUGAAAAUUUGGCGGGAAAUUUAGAUUUUUCUUUCACUUAACAUUGGCAAUUUUUUUUUUUAAAAAAUUAUGAAAAAAUAACAAGAAUUUCAUAAGAUUUUGAAAUAUAGCUUUUUUAAUAAAAUGUAUUGAAAAUAUGAAAAGAAAAGUAGGGGUUGGUGGGCAAAAUUUUGUAAUGUUAUUUCGGAUUCCGAAAAUCUGGCAAAAAUUUAAAACGAAGAGAAGCAAACAUCUUUACGUAAGAUUCCUUCUCAUAUACAUAUCAUAUAUACAGCAAUAUGCAUAACUUCAGAAAAUGUUUUGCAUUUUAUAUACUGUCUUCAGUGGUUAUCGUUGUCUUUAGGUAAUAUAAAUUCUGUAAUGUUAUUUUGUCUUAAAUUAGUUUGUUAGUUAUCUGGUUUAUAUUGUUUCCGAUUUUUUUGCAUGAUACCCCAUGGGAUGUGUGCUAAUUUUAAGUUGAAUACAGUUUUAUUUUGUCUUAGGUAUUUUGAGGAGAGUUUCUUCAGUUUAAGUUUGCGCUGACAAUCUGUUUAAAACUUUGAAACAGAAACGGGUAUCAGACUGCAACAAAAGAAAUUAAGUAUGACCUGUACAAAUGAAAUGGAAAGGGCUCGACUUAUCGGUACUCAGUCAAAAACAAAUAAUGUCAAUUUGACAUAUAGACUCCAUUGUGACCUUGUUUGAAUAAAUAUGCAUUGUUGAUAUUUUGUUUUAUCAUGAUAAAUCAAUUUUUCAAAGAAAUAAAGUAUAAAAUAAAAUGUUUGUGAAACAUAAAUUUAGAAUCUAUGAAGUAGUUACUGAAAAGUUGACAACUUGAGAAAAUAAAUAUCGUUUAGACUAUGCGUUCCUUUUUUUCGAAUGUACUUACACACGGAACACAUAUUGUAAGGUUAAAAUGUGAAAAAGACCCAAAUAAAUAUUUUGUGAUUGUACUUUGUUCCUAAUUAUAUAAGAAAAACAACAAUAUUGUUAUUUACAUGUUGUAUAAUUUUACGUAGAGUAAAAUUGUUGGACCGUAUCUAACUAAAGAGGUUUAUAUAACAAGUACGGUUUUAAGCAACUCGACGGUAGCCACAUGUGAAGCGCGAUAUAUCACUAUUCGGGGUAUUUAGGGUUUUGUGUUACGCAGCCAAUAGUUUUCUAUGUUAUAUUUUGUACAUGUAUAAUGCAGUUUGUCUUUUUUGUUGCCUUAUCAAGAACCCAAGUUCUAAUAAAAACAACAUACAACUGACCUUGCCAUUUAUUCUUUAGACUUUGAAAUGUAACUUGAGCGGAAGCAUUAAAUUUGCUAAGGUGAAGCAAUAGUAUUUUGUAUUUAGUUCAUGCUGUUGGGACGACAAAAAAAAA